AUGGGUACAAAGUCCCACCUUAAGAGUCAGUCCAAGGGAGCAAUUACAUUUAAGAUAAUACCCAGCACCAAAGAGGAGACACCUUCUAAAGAAGGCAAGAUAUUUAUCAAAGCCCUCUUUGACUAUGAUCCUAAGGAAGACAAGGCAAUCCCGUGUAAAGAGGCAGGGCUGUCUUUCAGGAAGGGGGACAUUCUUCAGAUUAUGAGCCAAGAUGAUGUGACAUGGUGGCAGGCUAAGCAUGAAGGAGAUGCCAACCCCAGAGCGGGCCUGAUUCCCUCCAAGCACUUCCAGGAACGGAGACUGGCUCUGAGACGACCAGAAAUAGUAGUUCAGCCUCUGAAACUUUCCAACACGAAAUCAUCUGGUUUUAGAAGAAGUUUCCGUCUUAGCAGAAAAGAUAAGAAAAUAAAUAAGUCCAUGUAUGAAUGCAAAAAGAGUGAGCAGUAUGACACAGCAGAUGUGCCCACAUAUGAGGAGGUGACACCCUACCGGCGGCAGAUCCAUGACAAAUACAGACUCAUUGUCCUGGUUGGUCCUGUCAGAGUCGGGCUAAAUGAGCUGAAGCGAAAGCUAUUGAUGAGUGAUACACAGCACUAUGGUGUGAUAGUGCCCCACACCACUAGAGCCAGAAGAAGCCAAGAGAGUGAUGGUGUGGAAUAUAUUUUUAUUUCCAAACACUUGUUUGAGACAGAUGUACAAAAUAACAAGUUCAUUGAGUAUGGUGAAUAUAAAAACAACUAUUAUGGUACAAGUAUAGACUCAGUUCGCUCUGUCCUAGCUAAGAACAAGGUUUGUCUGUUGGAUGUCCAGCCUCAUACAGUGAAGCAUUUAAGGACACUGGAGUUCAAACCCUAUGUGAUAUUUAUAAAACCUCCAUCCAUAGAGCAUUUGAGAGAGACAAGAAAAAAUGCAAAGAUUAUUUCAAGCAGAGAUGACCAAGGGACUGCAAAGCCCUUCACGGAAGAAGACUUUCAGGAAAUGAUUAAAUCAGCGCAGAUAAUGGAAAGUCAAUAUGGUCAUCUUUUUGACAAAAUCAUAAUAAAUGAUGAUCUUACUGUGGCAUUUAAUGAGCUAAAAACAACAUUUGACAAACUAGAGACUGAUAAAAAAAAAAAAAAAGGAAAUAGAAACCCAGCCCUCUGA